GACAGAUCACAAGCACAUUCAAUGGGUCUGGAUUGAACAUUGCAAAGGCAGAUAUUCGGAGGAACUGACUCUGGUUGAACUAUCAACGUUACAGGAAUCAGGAGGUCCAAAUACAGAAUCAAGACACAUUUCUUGACAUAAGAUCAGCGGCGUGUCCACAUCAGCAUGGGAUUGGCAGAAACUCAAAGGCGCCGGCACUGCAAAGAGCGAGCCCUGUUCUGCUUUAUGUUGGUUACAGUUUGGGAGGCAGUUUCUGGACAGACUCGCUACUCGAUUCCCGAGGAAAUGCAGAAAGGCUCCAUUGUGGGGAAUUUCGCAAAGGAUCUGGGGUUGGAUAUAAAGGAGCUCUCAGACCGCGGAGUCCGCAUUGUAUCAAAAGGUAGGACGCAAUAUUUUGCUUUAAAUGUUAAGAGCGGCCAUUUAAUCACAACGGAGAGAAUAGACAGAGAGCAGAUCUGUGGCCGGAUGGAGAAGUGUCUAUUAACUUUUGAGAUUAUUGUUGAAGAAAAAAUGAAGCUUUAUAGAGUUGAAGUUGAAAUCACAGAUAUUAAUGACAAUGCUCCUAACUUCCAGGCAGGAGAAUCGGAAGUAAAAAUCAGCGAGAUAACUGCACCGGGAUCGCGGUAUCCCCUGCAGGAGGCGCAAGACCCAGAUUUAGGGAUAAAUUCUCUCCAGAGCUACCACCUCAGCAGUAACAGGCAUUUCUCCCUGGUCUUGCAGACCGGAUCAGAUGGAGUUAAAUAUGCAGAACUGGUGCUGGAAAAGUCUCUGGACCGCGAAGAACAAGCUGUUCAUAACCUAAUCCUCACAGCCACUGACGGGGGAGAUCCAGUCAGGUCCGGCACUGCGCAAAUCCACGUUAUUGUUCUCGAUGCUAAUGACAAUGCACCAGUUUUCAGUCAGCCCAUCUAUAAAGUUAAUGUUUUAGAAAAUAUGCCUGCGGGGUCCACGAUGGUGACAGUGACAGCGACUGAUCUGGAUGAAGGAAUAAAUCAAGAGGUAAAAUACUCAAUCAGAAAGAUAGCUAAUAAAGCUUCACAGAUAUUCCACUUGGAUUCAAGGACGGGAGAAUUAAUAGUCGUGGGGAACGUGGACUUUGAAGAAGCUGCAUUAUAUGAAAUCGAGGUGCAAGCCCAUGACGGGGGAGGCCUUUUGGACAGAUGCAAAAUUGUGAUCGUUGUUAACGAUGUGAAUGACAACGCUCCAGAACUGACAAUCACAUCUGUCCUCAACUCGAUCCCUGAGGACUCUCCCCCCGGGACUGUGAUCGCCCUUUUAAAUGUGCAAGAUCUAGAUUCCGGAGAGAACGGGAAGGUCACGUGCUCCGUAGCCAGCAACCUGCCCUUUCAGCUGAGGAAAUCGUUGGAUAAUUAUUAUAGUCUGGUGACAGACCGAGCCCUGGACAGGGAGCAAGUGGCAGCAUACAACAUCACAGUGACCGCCACGGACAAUGGGACUCCUCCGCUUGCUACAGCCACCACGAUCCCACUCCAGAUUUUAGACACGAAUGACAACGGUCCCCUCUUCGAUAAAACAUCCUACACCGCCUACAUCACUGAGAAUAACCCGAGAGGAGCCUCCGUUUUCUCUCUGAAAGCGAAUGACCCCGACGAAGGGGAGAACGCCAGAGUCACUUACUCUGUUACCAAGGAUCAGAUCCAGGAAGCUCCGCUCUCCUCCUCCAUCUCCAUUAACUCCGAGACUGGGGUUCUCUACGCUCUGCGCUCCUUCGAUUACGAACAGUUCCGGGAGAUUCGGUUCCAAGUGCAGGCUCAGGAUGCGGGUUCCCCACCUCUCAGCAGUAAUGUCUCCGUCACUCUCUUUGUACUGGAUCAGAAUGACAACAGCCCGCACAUCUUACACCCCUCCUUUCCCACCGAUGGCUCCACGGGAGUGGAGUUGGCCCCUCGCUCCUCCGAGCCGGGUUACCUGGUCACUAAGGUGGUGGCGGUGGAUGCAGACUCCGGGCAGAACGCCUGGCUCUCCUACCAGCUGCUGAAGGCUACAGAGCCGGGGCUCUUCUCUGUGGGACUCCACAGCGGCGAGAUCAGGACGGCGCGCUACUUUCUCGACAAAGAUGCGCUCAAGCAAAGUCUGGUGGUUUUAGUGAAGGACAACGGGCAGCCCCCUCUCUCUGCCACGGCCACUGUCACGGUGGUGGUGGCUGACAGCAUCCCCGAAAUCCUCUCCGAUUUAAGCAGCCUCUCAGCUCCUGUAGACCCCCAGUCCAGCCUCACCUUGUAUUUGGUGAUCGCUGUGGCUUCCGUUUCCUGCUUGUUCUUUACCUUUCUCAUAGUGUUAGUGGCGCUGAGGCUCCGCCGGUGGAGAAACUCGCAGCUGUUUGACUCCUCGAGUGUGACUUUCAGUGGAGUUCCCGUCUCGCAGUUUGUGGGGCUCGAUGGAGUCAGAGCUUUUCUUCACUCCUACUCACGUGAGGUUUCUCUCACCACGGACUCCAGAAAGAGCCAGUUCAACGUUACCAAAUCGAACUAUGCAAAUACUCUGACUAGUCAGCACUCUUGUGAGAUAAAGGAUCAUAUUCUAAUUACUGAAGAGUUAGACAAUAACAGGGAUCAGACGUCCAUUCAGGUCAGCUAA